AUGAAGCUUGUUUGGUCACCCGAUUUGGCAUCCAAGGCCUAUAUCGACACUGUUAAAUAUUGUCAAAAGAGAUGUCGAGAAUCCAGCGUCGCAGAGAUUGUAUCUGCGAUGGCCGCCGGUUGGACCGCAAAACUUAUAGUAGAAACAUGGUCAAAAGGAGGAAUAAUCACAACCAGCGUCGGUCUCGCCGUCGCAGCCCACCACUCCGGCGGGAGACACGUAUGCAUAGUCCCUGAUGAGGAAUCAAGAAAAGAGUAUUCAGAAACGGUCACAAAAACGUCAGGCGUUCAAACCGAAAUCAUCGUUGGUGAACCGGAAACGCUGGUCGCCGGUUUAAUUGGGAUCGAUUUCUUGGUGGUUGAUUGUGGGAAGAAUGAUUUUGCAAGAAUAUUUCAGGUUGCAAAAUUGGGUAAUCGAGGGGCUGUUCUUGUUUCUAAGAACGCUAGCUCAAGAGCCGUUACCGAGUUUCGAUGGCUCAGUAUACUGGACGGCGAGUCGACUCGUCGGAUUGUACGAUCGGUAUUUCUUCCGGUUGGAAAAGGGUUGAAUAUAGCUCAUGUGUCGGCGGUCGGAGAGAAGAGUUCGGCGCCGGCGAAGGGCCACAGCCGGUGGUUUAAGCAUAUUGAUAGGCAUACAGGGGAGGAAAUUGUUAUUAGGAUGUAA